AUAGAAAGAAAGAAAAAUCAACAGUAAAAUUGAAAGAAAAAUAAAUAAAAGUGGGAGUCACAUUCUAGUUAUUAUCAUUAUUUGAGUUCCCCUCUAGACAACAUCGACCCGUCAGACCGGCAGUGCAAUUCCAUUUGUGUUCGAAGUAACAUCUCGGAAAUAUUCACAGUUCACAGCAAGUUUUCUUGACUUUAAAGAGCAAUUAAUGAUUAAUUGCUAUAAGAAUUUCUGGAAUUUUCAUAUUUUAUAGACCUUGAUAAGAAAAAAAAGUGAAAGUUGCCAUCCACGUCAUUCAAUUAAUAAAUCCCGGCAUCAGAAGGAUAACGCAGGGAUUGAAACAUUUCUUUAAUUUCCAACUAAAAAGUAAAGGAGAAAAUAUGAGUUCAAUUCAUCUCUCUGAAGGCUCUGCAAAGCCGGAAUUAGUGGAAGGAAAACCAUAUAUUUUUAGUAUGAAAUUUUGUCCGUAUGCUCAUCGAGCACGAUUGGCACUUUCAUUCAAGCAAAUCCCAUACGAGAUUAUUAAUAUCAAUUUAAAAGAUAAACCAAAAUGGUAUUUUGACAUCCAUCCGAAAGGACAAGUUCCGGCUUUUAUCGGACCGGAUGGCAAAGUCGUCAUCGAAUCAGACGUGAUUGUUUACACCUUAGAUGAAAUGUAUCCCGAUCCGCCUCUUUGCAAUGAAGAUACAAAAACUCGAGAUUUGGAAUUGAUUGAAAAUUUUGGAAAGAUAAGUACCAUAUUUUCUAAUUGCAUUCACGGAAAAGAUGAUCGAUCAUUAGAUGAUAUUGUUGGCGAUAUUACGCACCACUUGGAGGAGUUUGAGGAGGAGCUGAAAAUUCGUGGCACUGAUUUCUUUGGAGGUGAGAAACCCGGAAUUGUUGACAUUAUGAUUUGGCCAUGGGUUGAACGUUCGAAAGCUCUUCCUUUGAUCUAUAAACAACCGUUGAGAAAUUUUGAAAAAGAGAAAUUUCCCAAUGUGAUAAAUUGGACCACAAAAAUGAAAGCUCAAGACUUUGUUAUCGAGAACGCAGGGCCUUAUGAUAAAUUUGCCGAACUAAUUUUAGCCUCAAGAGAGGGAACAGUCAAUUAUGAUUCCUUCUAAAAAAAAAAAAUUGUCUUCACGCGAAAAAACUUCCAAAAAAGAAAAAGAGUGUGAUAAAUCAAUAAUUAAAUAGUAAGCCUUUUUGUGGAAAAUAAUUGUUUGCUUACACUUAUUGCAGAAAGAAGACUAUUUAAACAUAUCGAAUAUUUAUUACUGAAAAAUUAAUUAUUGACUCUUUUAACCUUUAUCAUAAAUGCAACUUUAUACAAUUUGAUUGACAAUACAAAAGAUUUCUGCUUCGAGUAAUCUUCGCCUUCUUCAAUUUAUUAA